AUGGACAAGAAACCGAACGGGCGGACUGACGCUGGUCUGAGGAGUUUGGAUCAUUAUCUGAAUAGUCUUCCGAAAUGGCGAUACUACCCCCGACAGAAAAUCCUACCGGUGGUGCGCUUCGAGACUCCCUAUCUGGCCUGGUUCCAGGACAAAUUGCGCUCGCCCAUGCUUGAUUCGUACUUUGCCUUCACUGCCAAUCUCGGUACCCAUACAUUCUUUACGGUCUUUCUACCCGUGUUGUUCUGGUGUGGAUAUCCAAGUCUGGGUCGCGGAAUGGUCAAUGUUUUGGCUGCAGGCGUCUUCUUUAGCGGCUUCAUCAAAGAUUUGCUCUGUCUACCUCGCCCUCUUUCUCCCCCGCUUCAGCGAAUUACCAUGUCCGGUUCGGCCGCAUUAGAGUACGGAUUCCCCUCAACGCAUUCAACAAACGCAGUCUCCGUCGCAAUUUAUCUGCUAUCGCUGUUAUGGUCCGAUACAACAUUGAGUCCUCCCGUCAAAUUUGCAUCUCAGGCAGCUUUAUAUCUAUAUGCAGUGUCCAUCAUCAUCGGUCGUCUAUACUGUGGAAUGCAUGGUUUCCUCGAUGUGAUCAUCGGCAGCGGACUAGGGGCUUUGAUUGCAUGGUUCCAAAUUGUAUACGGACCAGCAUUGGACACUUGGAUUGUCGGUGCGUCAGCAAAAGAAGUGCUUCUUCUGUUCCUGGUCGUGCUGGUCUUGAUCCGAAUACACCCUGAGCCAGCGGACGAUUGUCCUUGCUUUGACGACAGUGUAUCCUUUGCCGCUGUGUUUAUCGGCUGUCAGGUGGCGGCCUGGGACUUGUCCAAGUCGACUAUCGGCUCGGCGGAACUCACUCCUGACACUAUUCCCUACCGACUCGACAUGGGUUGGUUUAAGACUAUUAUGCGAUUUGUAGUUGGCGUCCUCAUUAUAUUUGCAUGGAGAGAGUUUACAAAACCACUGUUGUUGCGUGUAUUGCCUCCAGUCUUCCGCGGCCUUGAGAAGGCCGGUCUUCUACUGCCCCGUCGAUUCUUCACUCGCGCAUCUGAGUACGGAAAAGUUCCAGGACACCUCAAAGACGACGAGGUCAUACCGAAUUUCUCCGACAUUCCUUCCAUCCUAACAUCCAUUCGACAUCCCCGCCGCAGAGCUAUUUCGAUCGGACCCCAAUCCGAGGCUGAUGCAUACGAAACACUGGCAUAUAGAGAGAAGCGACGACGCGAGAGCAUUUCUGACAAUGCACAUGGAUUUCUGGGUGAACAACGUUCUGCUACCAAACGAUCGGCGUCCAAACUGGAGCAAUACGAAUCGCAAAUGGGAACUGUCAGCCCUAGACAAAGUCCCGAUGUUCCGGCUCAUGAGACAGGCCCUACACCCUCAGGGGGCUACGAAAUAGCCAACCGUUCCACGGAGGACGAAGAGCAAAUGUUUUCCAUGAUCAAGAAGCCCCGUGUCCGAUAUGAUGUCGAGGUGGUAACGAGGCUAAUCGUCUAUAUGGGUAUUGGCGUGAUCGUGGUCGAUUUCAUGGCGUACGUGUUUGAUAUUGUGGGUCUGGCACCUUAA